AUGAAGAUUCUUUCUGCUAUCCUUUUCGUGUUUGUUACCGUUGUGCUAGCGGCAGGCCCCGCCGCUGUGCCGCUCGGCAGUGCGGGAACGUUUGCCAUCCUCGCGAAAGCAGCAGUGUCCACCGUGCCUCCAUCAUCAAUUGAUGGAAACGUCGGCGUGAGCCCCUCGGCAUCAAGUUUCCUCACGGGCUUCGCACUCACAAAGAUUGGAACAUUUGCCACUUCGACUCAAGUUAUUGGAGAGCUUCUCGCUGCGGAUUUUACACCGCCAACCCCAGGCCAACUGACCACAGCAGUCUCGAACAUGGAGACAGCUUUCGUUGAUGCUGCAGGCCGGGUGAAUCCCGACUUUAUAAACCUCUCGAGCGGUAAAAUUGGUGGAUUAACGCUCAGCCCUGGCCUAUACAAGUGGACCACCAGCGUCUCUAUCCCCUCCACACUUACUAUAUCUGGUACCGCAUCCGAUACGUGGAUAUUCCAGAUCUCUGGAGGCCUCUCCUCGGCCGUGGGCGUCAGAAUAAUUUUGGCUGGAGGCGCGCUCGCGAGCAAUAUUGUCUGGGUUGUAUCGGGAGCCGUCACGCUCGGCGGCGACUCCCAUUUCGAGGGCGUCUUGCUUGGUGCGACGUCUGCCACUCUCAUUACGGGCGCGACGAUGAACGGGAGAGUGUUGGUUCAGACUGCAGCUUCGCUUCAAAAGGCGACUGUCAUUCAGCCAUCGUAA